GGAGUAAAACCUAUAAAUAAAAGGCCCCUCAUCUCUUCGCUCAAACCCACAACAACAUUUCUGCACUGCUGUCUUCUUCAGCUGCACCACCGUCAUGCCAUCUCAACUCUACAGAAGUUCUCUUCCGGCCAACCUCCUCUGGCUACUGGUAUUGCUCUCUCCUUUUCUUGUUCUUGUAACAGCAACUUCACUAGGGUCCCAAGCGAGGGCUCUAUUACACUGGAAGUCCACCCUCCAAGGUGGGCAAUUGCUGGCAUCCUGGAACAUCGACUCCCGUCCUUGCAACUGGACUGGGGUUGCAUGCAGCGUCACACGUAAGGGCCGCUUGGUCAUCACCGACGUGCAUCUGCCAGAUAUGAGCUUAGCAGGGCCACUUGAUGCAUUUAAUUUUUCGUCGUUGGGAUCACUCGCCACUCUCAACCUCAGUUGCAACCGGCUCAAUGGAACUAUUCCCCCUGCCAUCGCCACCCUCUCGCAGCUGGUAACGCUUGAUCUCACUGGCAACCUGUUCGUGGGCAGAAUCCCGAUCGAGAUGGGCUCAAUGAAGGGGCUCCAAUUCUUAAGCCUGAGUCAAAAUCAAAUAAUGAGUUCAGUACCUCCAUCGUUGAGUAACCUUAGUGGCCUUACGCACUUGGACCUGGGACAAAAUAAGCUUAGGGGUGUCAUCCCCAGGGAGCUGGGGAGACUCGAGAAGUUAAGCUUUUUGGAACUUGGGGACAACCAACUAUCUGGCUCCAUUCCUCCCAGUUUAGGGAACCUGACAAAACUGUAUCACUUGGCUCUUUAUGAAAACCAGUUAACUGGAUCCAUCCCUCCACAAUUAGGAGAUUUAAGAGACUUGGUUUACUUUUCACUCUCUAAUAAUAGUUUAACUGGUACCCUUUUUUUCAUCUUAGGAAACCUAACCAAGUUACAGUAUUUAUUCUUGUGGAGAAAUCAUCUUUCUGGUUUCCUCCCUUUUGAAAUUGGAAAUUUAAUUACGGUCUCCUAUCUAGACCUCUCGAGUAAUAUAUUAACAGGUCCUAUCCCUUCCACCAUAGGAAACAUGAGUAACUUGAACAUACUUCAUCUUUUUGAUAAUGAGUUAUCGGGCUUUAUUCCUCCCGAGAUCGGAAAUCUCCUAGAGAUUACCAAUCUCUCUCUCCAAAUGAACAUAUUAGGAGGUCAGAUUCCUUUUUCAUUAUGCAACUUAACCAAACUACAGUCUUUGUUUCUAUGGAAAAAUCAACUUUCUGGAUCCAUCCCUCAUGAGAUUGGAAAUCUAAUUGAGGUUUCAAAUCUUGAUCUCUCGAGUAAUAUGUUAACCGGUCAUAUCCCUUCCACCAUAGGAAAUAUGAGUAACUUGAACAUACUUUAUCUUUUUGAUAAUGAGUUAUCGGGCUCUAUUCCUCCUCAGAUUGGAAAUCUCCUAGAGAUUACCAAUCUCUCUCUCCAAAUGAACAUGUUAGGAGGUCACAUCCCUUUCUCAUUAUGUAACUUAACCAAGCUACGAUCUUUUUUUCUAUGGAAAAAUCAACUUUCUGGAUCCAUCCCUCCUGAAAUUGGAAAUCUAAUUGAGGUUUCCAAUCUUGACCUCUCGAGUAAUAUGUUAACCGGUCUCAUCCCUUCCACCAUAGGAAACAUGAGUAAUUUGAAUAUUCUUUAUCUUUUUGACAAUGAGUUAUCAGGCUCUAUUCCUAUUGAGAUGGGAAAUCUUCUAAAGAUUACUAAUCUCUCUCUCCAAAUGAACAUGUUAGGAGGUCGCAUCCCUUUUUCAUUAUGCAAUUUAACCAAACUACAGUCUUUGUUUCUAUGGAAAAAUCAACUUUCUGGUUCUAUCCCUCGUGGGAUUGGAAAUCUAAUUGAGGUUUUCAAUCUUGACCUCUCAAGCAAUAUGUUAACAGGUUUUAUCCCUUUCUCUCUGGGAAAUAUGAGCAAGUUGAAUAUCCUUCAUCUUUAUGAGAAUAAAUUGUCAGGCCCUAUACCUCCAUCUCUUGGAAACUUAAGGAACCUUACUGACCUUCGUUUAUUCAGAAAUAGACUAUCUGGAUCAUUACCUCCGGAGAUGAACAACAUCAUAGGUUUGACAUCGCUUCAAUUGUCAAACAACAACUUCUCCGAUUAUUUGCCUGCGGACAUAUGCAAAGGAGGAGCCCUGUCAUACCUCGCAGUGAGCAACAACAGAUUCCAAGGUCCUAUCCCCAUGACCUUGAAGAAUUGUACGGGAUUAAGCAGGCUCUACCUUCAUCAUAACCAACUCACAGGAGCUAUAUCUCACUAUUUGGGAGUCUAUCCGCAUCUUUGGUAUGUGGAUCUCAGCUUCAAUAGAUUGUCUGGAACACUCUCGCCUGACUGGGGAAGAUGGCACAACCUGACAUGCCUAAGAGUCUCAAAUAACAACAUCACUGGAGUGAUACGGCCAGAGUUUGGGCACUUGUCGAACCUACAAGAACUGGACCUUUCCUCAAACCACCUGCAAGGAGAGAUCCCAAAGAGCUUGGGAAACCUGGCGUAUCUUUAUAACCUGAGCCUGAGCAACAAUCGACUUGUUGGAGAGGUACCAGUGGAGUUGGGAAGGAUGUCAAAUCUUCAACUUCUUGAUUUGUCGACAAACGGAUUGACAGGAAGGAUACCGUAUCAAAUCGGCAAUUGCAUGAAACUCCAACUUCUGAAGCUGAACAACAACAAUCUCAGUGGAAGCAUCCCUUUGGAGAUCGGCAAUCUGGUGUACCUUCAAGAAGCACUCGACCUCAGCCACAACUCACUGACAGGGGAGAUACCGUCGCAACUCGGCAAGUUGUCGAUGUUGCAGCAUUUGAAUCUGUCGCAGAAUGGCUUCACCGGUGGCCUUCCAUCAUCUUUGAAGGACAUGGUUAGCUUGUCCGUCAUAGAUGUAUCACACAACGAAUUGGAGGGGCCUGUGCCUGAUAGCCCGUUUUUCCGUAAAGCUCCACUGGAGUGGUUCCUCCACAACAAAGGCUUGUGCGGGGUCGUCAAAGGCUUGCCUCCAUGUGUUUCAUCCGCUACGAGAAGAAAUGAUGAAAGCAAGCACCACAAAGUAGUCGUUAUCUUAGCUAUCACUGCUUCCAUGGUCUUCAUUCUUCUAUCACUCAUGAUCGUUGGAGCUGCCUUGCAAUUCCGAAAGAGGAAGAAACAGUCGCUACCUGUUCAAGAUAACGGCAACAGAGAAGGUGCAUUCUGCAUACUGAGUUUUGACGGAAGAUACGCGUACAAGGACAUCAUUGAAGCCACAGAAGAUUUCAACGACAAAUACUGUAUCGGAACUGGUGCCUGUGGCAGUGUUUAUAGAGCCAAAUUAACCAGCGGCAAGGUGCUAGCAGUGAAGAAAAUUCACCAACAGGAGAUCGAGAAUACAUCGAAUGAGACACCCUUUCAAAACGAAAUACAAACACUCACUCGAAUUCGGCAUCGGAACAUCGUCAAGCUCUACGGAUUCUGCUCCUCUACUCGGCACAAGUUUCUGGUGUACGAGUAUAUGGAGAGAGGAAGUCUGGGAUCCAUCCUCAGAAGCGAAGCUGCAGCAGCUGAACUGGACUGGGUGAAGAGGGUGGAUGUUGUCAAGGAUGUGGCUCGUGCUCUCUCCUACAUGCAUCAUGAUUGCGACCAACCCAUCGUUCAUCGGGAUAUAACCAGCAACAAUAUUCUGCUCGAUUCAGAAUUCAAGGCUUGUGUUUCUGACUUCGGCAUCGCUCGACUCCUGCAGCCGGAUUCAUCGAAUUGGAGCAUGAUUGCUGGCACGCAUGGUUACUUAGCACCUGAGCUUGCUUACAGAAUGAGAGUGACCACCCAAUGCGAUGUGUACAGUUUCGGAGUGGUCACGCUUGAGUUGCUGAUGGGAACUUAUCCGGGAGAGUUCAUCUCUGUUCUUCCUUCUUCCGCCGCCCAAAGCAGCUCUGUGAAAACUAUAUUAGACCAGCGCGUACCGCUUCCUACUGCCGAAGCUGCGGAUGAAGUGGUUGCAGUGUUAAGGUUGGCAAUUCGCUGCGUGGACGACAACCCAGAAACCCGGCCAACGAUGAAGCACAUCUUCUACAAGUUGUCGACACCGAAGACGCACCCAAACCUCCCAUCUCUUGAUUCCUUGAAGCUUUCAGACUUGAGGAAUGGUGAAAGAUGAUCGAUCCAGUGGACUUCUCUUCCAUCGGUUGCGUCUCAUACUGACUGACGUCUUAAACGUUUGAUCUUUCUCGUCAUGGUUAUGUAGUCGAGCAUCAUUUUGCUUCACUGUUUUAUCCAUUACAUUUGAUGUUGUAAUAGAUUUAGCUUUGUCGAUGUAAAAACCCCGACCCAGGAAAAUUGGAGAUGCUACAACCUUGCAAUCCUAUAGGUUUUCAUGUACCAA